AUGUUAACUAAUUUUCCUACUUCUCUCGCUCUCUUCUCAUCUAUCUAUCUAUCUAUCUAUCUAUCUAUCUAUCUAUCUAUCUAUCUAUCUAUCUACAACGGCCGAAACGUCGUUGCAUGCCUGUCUCUCUCUCUCUUUCUCUCUCUCCCUCUCUCUCUCUCUAUCUCUCUCUCUCUCUCUAUAUAUAUAUAUAUAUAUAUUCAUUUCUAUCUGAACUCUCACGUCUGCCUGUAUAUCUAUCUAUCUAUCUAUCUAUCUAUCUAUCUGAAUAUACUACCAUACCAGUCUUUUAAUAUCUAUCUCAUUGUUAUGUCGGAUAAGAAAGGGUGUCUGGUAUAUAUAAACAUUUUGCAUACCCCUCUCCCUCUCUCACUCUCUCUCUCUCUUUUUCUUCUCUCUAUAUAUAUUCAUUUCUAUCUGAAAGCCUGUCUGCCUCUAUCUAUCUAUCUAUCUAUCUAUCUAUCUAUCUAUCAAUCUAUCUAUCUCAGUAUACUAACAUACCGGUCUUUUCAUAUCUAUCUCUUUUAUACUAACAUACCAGUCUUUUCAUAUCUAUCUCUUUGUUAUGUCGGAUUAAAAAAGGGUCUCUUUAUUGCAUCCCUGUCUGUCUGUCUGUCUGUCUCUCUCUCUCUCUCUCUCUUUUCUCUCUCUCUCUUAUAUAAACAUUUCUUUCUCAUUAAUUUCUCAUGGUUCUACUCCCUCUUUUCUCCGUUCAGUCGCGUUUUUAUUCUCUGUGGAUAUUUCAGAUGUUUUUUUUUCUCCUUCGAUAUGUUCGUCUUCUUUUUCUUCUUUUUUUCUCUCUCUCUCUCUCUCUUUCUGAUUAUCACUCUUUCUCUCUCUCUCUCUCUCUCUCUCAUUUGUUAUCUUUUCUUUCUAUUCUAUAUUGUUCAUAUUCUCUCUUUUAAAUUUCCCGCGUCUUUUCCUCUCCUCGCCCUUUACAUUUUAACCCUUUCUUAUAACCUCUCCUUUUUUCUCCCUCCCACUCUUUCUCUUAUUCUUUCUAUCUCUGUUGAUUUUAAUCUCUAUUUUGACAAGCUUCCCGAUAUUCCAUUCUCUUUAACCCUAACUCUCUCCCUAGUAUUUUACUCUUAUGUCUCUCAAUCUCUCACCUUCCUCCUUUCUCUCCCCCUUGCAUUUUUCUCUUAUUUUACGAUCUCUCUCCCUCUCUCUCCCUCCCUCUCUCUCUCUCUCUCCCUCUCUCUCUCUCUCUCUCUCUCUCUCUGUUCCUCUUUUCUCCUAUACUUUUAUCUUUACAAUUUUUCUAUAAAUUAUCGUUUUUCUUUUUCGUUACAUCUCUUUUCCAUCUCUCUUUCUCUCUCCCUCUUUCUCUCUCUCUCACCCCCCUCUUUCUCUCUCUCUCUCUCUCUCUCUUCUCUUUUCCCACUUUCUCACUCCCAUCUUAACUUGCUCAUUCCUCAUGUCUCUCUCUCACUAUCUUUCUCAUUCUCACAUUAUUUUGCUCUCUCACAACCCCCCACUCUCUCUCUUACUCUUUCUCACAUCUUUCUCAAUCUCAUUUUAUCUUGUUCUCUGAUCACCUCUCUCUCUCUCUCUCACAACUUCUUUCUCACUCGUACCUUAUCUAACUCUCACCAUCUCUCUCACACUCUUUCUCACUUUCAACUUAUCUUGUUCUCUCACCACCUCUCUCUCACAACUUCUUUCUCACUCUUACCUUAUCUAACUCUCACCAUCUCUCUCACACUCUUUCUCACUUUCAAUUUAUCUUGUUCUCUCACCACCUCUCUCUCACAACUUCUUUCUCCUCUUACCUUAUCUAACUCUCACCAUCUCUCUCACACUCUUUCUCCUUUCAACUUAUCUUGUUCUCUCACCACCUCUCUCUCACAACUUCUUUCUCACUCUUACCUUAUCUAA